GGUCCUAAUCACACAGGAGGAUAUGUGUGUAGAGCUGGGAGAGGAGACCCAGUCUAUGACACACUCUACAGUGAACCUCAGUUUCUCUGGUCAGGAGACCUGCAUCCUUCAGUGUCUCUCAGAAUAAGACCCAACAGAACUCAACACUUUACAUCAAAGUCUCUCUCACUGAGCUGUGAGGAGAAGGGGAACUCUACUGGAUGGAGACUGAAGAGAUACAGAGAGAGAGGAGUGGAGUCAGGGUGUGGCUCUAACUGGGGAUCAAUAGCAGGGUCCACAUGUACCAUCAGGUCCACACUUGAAAAGGACAGUGGAGUGUACAGGUGUGAGUCUGCAUCAGGAGAGUACAGUAAUGCUGUCAACAUCACAGUGGAUGCUGGUGUUGUGAUCCUGGAAAACCCUGCCUAUCCCAUGACUGAGGGAGACUCUGUGACUCUGCGCUGUACAAAUAGAUAUCAGGAAACAAACCCAAACCCCAAGGUUGAUUUCUACAAAGAUGGAGUACUCAUCAGGAAUGAGACCACAGGAGAGAUGACCAUUCCGGCAGUAUCCAAGUCAGAUGAAGGCUUCUAUAAGUGUAAAUCUAAUGAAGGAGAAUCACCAGAGAGCUGGGUGACAGUGAGAGGCAUAACUCCUGGACCCUCUACAUCAGUCCUAGUAGUAGUGGUUGUGGGCCUGGUUGUUGCUGGUGUUCUAAUGGCCAUUCUCCUGUUACUGCUGUGUCGAUAUAAAAACGCCAAAGGUUCCUGUUGUAACAGGAUAUUCUCGCCCCCCCAGCCACACAGCACCAACCUGGACCCCCAACAGGACCAAGGAUCUACCCAGAGCCAGGCUCUUGAUGCUGGGUAUACACACCUGCAGCAUGGUGGCGCUAACAUCUACGAUACAAUCACUCCCUCAGACAAUAAUGACAAUGAAAAGCCAGCUGAUCCAAAAGAAAGUCCAGUCUAUUCUGAGGUCAAGACAGGGAAGGCCACAGCAGGAACUGGACCUGUUGAUGUGACCUAUGCUGAGGUUGACCUUAAACAGAAGGCCAAAGCCAAGAAGAAGAAAGAAACAGAAACCCCACCUGAGGCAGAUUCGGUCUAUUCUCAAGUGAAGCCAGUCACAGCCCCAGGACCUUGAGGGGGGCAGGGA